CAGUAACUCUCUCUCUCUUUCACAGUAACUCGUGGAUUCUUCUCAAAGGCCCCACUCAAAUCCCUAGACGGAGUAACAUCUGUUUAUGCACAUAUUUCUGUUAAACCCCCCUGGAAAGAACAGAGAUAGACGGAAGAUAAAACACCUUUAAAAAUGAAAUAUUAAAAGGAACAAAUUGCCACUGGAGAAACUAAGCAAAGUCAACCUGGUUGAGGAAUCCAUCAUCUUGGGAUCAACAUCUUCGGAGAAAGGGCAGGGUCAUGUCCCAGUUGCCAUGCGCAACACCACGGUGACCUGCCUUCCCUGCCCCUCCCCCCUCCUCCUCCUAUUGGUCCAGCUGCUACUGCGGCUCCUCCUCUCUGGGCCAGAAUUUGUAGGGGCCGCCUCCCCCUGCCCCACCCAUUGCAGCUGCUCCAAUCAGGCCAGUCGAGUCAUCUGUACGAGACAGAGUCUGGAUGGGGUACCUGAGAGCAUAUCAGUCAACACACGAUACCUCAACCUGCAAGAGAAUUCAAUAGAGGUUAUCAAGUCAGACACCUUCAAGCACUUGAGGCACCUUGAGAUCCUGCAGCUGUCUAAGAACAAAAUCAGUCAGAUUGAGGUGGGAGCAUUCAAUGGCCUGCCCAACCUCAAUACGCUGGAGCUGUUCGACAACCGCCUCACCCUGGUCCCCUCACAGGCCUUCGAGUACCUCAGCAAGCUGCGGGAGCUGUGGUUACGGAACAACCCCAUCGAGACGCUGCCGGGCUACGCCUUCCACCGCGUGCCCUCGCUGCGCCGGCUGGACCUGGGAGAGCUCAAGAAGCUGGACUACAUCUCAGACGCCGCCUUCGUGGGCCUGGUCAACCUGCGCUACCUGAACCUGGGCAUGUGUGGUCUGAAGGACAUCCCCAACCUGACGGCCCUGGUGCGUCUGGAGGAGCUGGAGCUGUCUGGGAACCGUCUGGAGAUCAUCCGGCCUGGCUCCUUCCAGGGCCUGGUGUCGCUCCGUAAGCUGUGGCUCAUGCACUCACAAGUGAAGGUCAUCGAGCGCAAUGCCUUCGACGACCUGAAGAACCUGGAGGAGCUCAACCUUUCCCACAACUCCCUGCACUCGCUGCCCCAUGACCUCUUCACCCCGCUGCACCAGCUGGAGCGGGUGCACCUCAACCACAACCCCUGGGUGUGCAACUGUGACGUGCUGUGGCUCAGCUGGUGGCUGAAGGAGACGGUGCCCAGUAACACUACAUGCUGCGCCCGCUGCCACGCUCCCCCCGGCCUGAAGGGCAGGUACAUCGGGGAGCUGGAUCAGAGCCACUUCACCUGCUACGCUCCCGUCAUCGUGGAGCCGCCCACCGACCUCAACGUUACCGAGGGCAUGGCUGCAGAGCUGAAGUGUCGCACGGGCACCACCAUGACCUCGGUCAACUGGCUCACGCCCAACGGCACCCUGAUGACCCACGGCUCCUACCGGGUCCGGAUCUCCGUGCUGCACGACGGUACGCUCAACUUUACCAACGUCACGCUGAGGGACACGGGUCAGUACACCUGCAUGGUGACCAACUCAGCUGGCAACACCACGGCAACCGCCGUGCUUAAUGUCACUGCCGCCGACGUUGGCGUCAGCUACUUCACUACUGUCACCGUGGAGACGGUGGAGCCCAACGAGGGCCCGACAGUCUACGCGGGCGUCAUGAACAGCCACAACGAGUCAUACGUCAUUACCCCGUCUGGCCACCAGUGGAGGGGGGGGCUCCCUACCACCGCCUCCUCCCUGUCAGCCUGGUCCUUGUCCUCGUCCCGGGCCACCCGACCCACCUUUACUGUGCCCAUCACUGCCGAGACGGGCUAUUCUGGCCUUGAUGACGUGAUGAAGACCACCAAGAUCAUCAUUGGCUGCUUCGUGGCCAUUACCUUCAUGGCAGCCGUGAUGCUGGUGGUCUUCUACAAGCUGAGGAAGCAGCACCAGCUGCACAAGCACCACGGCCCCGCCCGCGCCAUCGAGAUCAUCAACGUGGAGGACGAGAUUGGCGCCGGUGCCGGUGGACGCGGGAGCGGUAUCUCAGGGGGCGGCACCGUCUCUCGGGAUGGAGGCGGAGGGGGCGGAGUAGGAGGAGGGCAGAGCCUGAGGAUGCAUCACCCGGAGAUGGUCAACCUGCCCAACCUGGCCAGACAGGAGCACCUCAACCACUACUACAAGGCCCACCACUUCAACAACAACAUGAUGGGCCUGGGCAUGGGCCUCAACAACAACAACAACCCCUCCCUCUCCCCCUGUUCCCAGACCCAGAGCACCCCCAACUCCUGCGCACAGGGGCACACCUCCACCAGCGGUGGCACCCCCACGGGUGGCUCGCUGCCCUCCCCUUUGCCCCUGCCCCAGCUGGGCAUCCACAGCUCUCUGAAGGGGCUCAUGGGGAAAGGCCAGAACCCUCAGAUCGAGCCUCUGCUCUUCAAGAGUGGCUCCAAGGAGAAUGUGCAAGAGACUCAGAUCUGAGAGAAAGAGAGAGACAGAUGGAAAAAGAGAGAGAUUAAGAGACAGAAAACAGGGAGAUUGAGGGAGAUAGAGGAGUCUGAUUGUACUAUCCCCAUGGCCAUAUUUCGAUAGAAAGUGUAGGCAGGCAGAAUAUGAAAUAUUACAUAGACACUGCUUUGUAUGGUUAGUGCAUAGAGAGCGAGAGAGAGAGAGAGGAGAGAUUGUUCUCACACCUCUACUGUGUCUGCUCAACACCCGUCCAAGCAUUAACAUCUUCUGAGACACUCCAAGACACACACAGACACACACAGCCCGACACAAGGACAGGAACAUUCUAUCAGCUAACACAUACACAGUGCAUUAUGAGAUUGACAACUAUGUGCCAAACUUGUGCAUAUCUGUGCCAAAGUAAAAACCCUCGCAAUCUAUAUAUCCAUCCGCAGCAUUCCCAGACUGAAUCAGGUGACCAGGUUCAAUACUCAGACACAAUAAGAAUCACCAUGGUUAUAACUAAAUACAGAUCACCUCGUAUAUUAUCAGAUACAAUCCAAGUCACCAUGUAUAUAUAGAGAUAAGAUCUGAGUCACUCUGUUGAAGUAGGCGGAUAAGUGUUUGGGACUGUGUCAGAGCAGUACAGGGCUGCCCAGACGCACUCUGUGGAACAGCACAGAAAGUAAACCAUUGAGCAGAACACAGUUUAGUGUCGGACAACAAGCAAUGUGUAGGAAGAGGAAACAACAUCAACACUGGGUGUGUUUUACUUAGUGGGCUCAAUCUCACUUUCUCCCCUCUUUCACACCUCACUGGCUACUCUCUUUAAAGGAGAGGAAGGUAUAUGGAGUGAAUCGUCGUAAAACAAAUAACGUAAUAGCAAAAAGGACUACGAAAGAUACAAAUAAACUGUGAAAGUACAUAUUAUAUAUAAAUAUAUUUUCAUUCGAAGAAAUAAAUUAUGAAGAAUCUUUACCAAGUUUCUGACUAAAUAGCCACAGCUUCUGAAGAGUAUAUGAACUGCUGUCAUAGCGGUCAUCACUAUGAAAACUUUGUUUGGCUAGAAACAAGAUGGCCGACAUUCUGUGCUGGAAAGGGACAUACUGUAGUGGAGGCUGUGGAUGAGCAAGAGCUCAAAUUGGAAACUGGCACAGUGUUUGAUUGAAUUUAUUUUGGCUUCAAGUUUUGUGGCAUCACAAAGCGUUCUCUCUCAUGCCACAUUUACAUAAACAGGGUCGUUGGAGAAGGGGGAUCUUUACUCUCCAUUUAAUGAGAACAUAUGAUUACAAAACUUCACCCUUAGAUACAAACAAUAUGGAUAUUGUAAUGAUGAUAAUUAUAAUAAUUCAGUAAAUGCUUAUCAACCGUAUACUGUAGAUAGCUCUUAAAAGCAGAUAUAGGUUUAGCAUGCUCUGAUUCAAGUGGUAAUAUCUAAAAUUGCAAUGUGAUCCGUUUCAACUACAUGCAUUCAGUAUAUCUGUAUGCAAUAUAUCAUGAUAUUGAGAACAAAUUAUUAUUAUAAUUAUCAUCAUUAUUACUAUUAUUAUUAUUAUUAUUGUUAUUAUCAUACACUGAGUGUACAAAACAUUAGGAACACCUUCCUAAUUUUGAGUUGAACCCCAUUUUGCCCUCAGAACAGCCUCAAUUGGUCGGGGAAUGGACUACAAGGUGUUAAAAGCGUUCCACAGGGAUGCUGGGCCAUGUUGACUCCAAUGCAUCCCACAGUUGUCAAGUUGGCUGGACGUUCUUUGGGUGGUGGACCAUUCUUGAAACACACAGGAAACUGUUGAGCUUGAAGAACCCGGCAGUGUUGCAGCUAUUGACACACUCAAACCGGUGCGCCUGGCACCUACUACCAUACCCCGUUCAAAUUCACCCUCUGAAUGGCACACAUACACAAUCCAUGUCUCAAUUGUCUUGAGGCUUAAAAAACUGUCUUUAACCUGUCUCCUCCCCUUCAUCUACACUGAUUGAAGUGGAUUUAACAGGUGAUAUCAAUAAGGGAUCAUAGUCUUCACCUGGUCAGUCUAUGUCAUGGAAAGAGCAGGUGUUCCUAAUGUUUUGUACAGUCAGUGUAUAGGUGGCAGAGCAGCCUAGUACAUCCUUAUGAAAGGGAUGUUUAUAAUUGAUCCAGUGGGGAAUGAUUUGAUUACACAUGGAACGAUGACGAUCCCUUCAACCACCAUAUUGACUCCAACAACAGGGGAUGGACUGUGUUCCACCAAACACCAACCUGCAGAAACAGGUGGCAUCCUCACAGCCCAUGCCUCCUCAGAAACUCCCAGUCUCAGCCGAUCAGGACCCCUCAUUUUAUUCUGUUGUGUAAAAGACAGGACAUGAACCUUUGUCGAAGACUGCUCGUUUGCAGAGGAUUAUAUCAGAACUCAGUGUUCUCAUGUGUGAAUGGAAUUCAUGGCAGCAGGGAGCUAAAGGAGGACAGCAUUUUGAAGCGUUUGAAAGGUAAGAGCAACCUAUUCAAUGAAAGAGACAGAAAGCCUAGAUGAAUCAUAUGGUGAUGGUUGAAUUUUUUUUUUUAAGGAAAAGGACAAAUAAAUAAAAAAUAUAGAAACGUAUAGAUCUCUUUUAAAAAAGCUAUUAUAAGUGUUUUUUCAUUUUGUUUUUAUCUAGUUUGAUUAUUUCCUUUUUAUCUUUUUUUAAAUCAAGUGUUAUCUCAAUUGUAAUAUUGUUAUUGUUAUUAUAAUUCGCUAAUUACACUGGUUAUAAUUCUGAAAGAUGUUCUGUCAGCAGAAGUCACAUUGAGAAAUUAAAAUACCUGGCACACAAAAUGGCGGUUGAACUCUGUGAAACUUGGUGGCAUUAGUUUUUUUGUGUUUUUUUCCAUUUAAUUGAAAUAUCACUUUUGGUGUGUAUCCCUUUGGCUAAUACAGCUGUGCUUGAGAUGAGACACACAGAAUGUGAAAUGGCUGGCGAGGGGUCUCUUCCUGCACAAGGAGGACAGGAUAGUUCCUGCUUUGAUUUACAAGCUUGCUCACGCUCUCUCUCACUCUGUGAUUUUCAGAAUGUCAUAGCUAUCAGUGCUCCGAGUGUGAUUUCGCUAAGUCAACACCCUGUUUCCAUGACUACCUACCCUCAGAAUAAUGCGCCAAACAGCGUCACAGCGUGCACCUCAUAUGGUGCCCGAUGCCCCCUGUCAAUCAUGUUCCUUUAAGACAACAUAUCUCUCUACAAGCCGGCCAGUGUUCUUCCAACAGUAGCAAAUCACCUUUCACAGUGUGCCCAUAUCCUAACACAAUGUCCCUACAGGUUCCUGCCACCAGGUUUCCCUGGCAACUGUUGCAGCUGCGACAGUCCUCAUCAUAGCAUCUUGAUUUGGGUUUCUGAUGCAAAUAUGAGGGAACAGGCCGUAUAGAAGGCUAUUAACAUAUCCAUGGUCCUCACAAUAGAUAUUUAUAUUUUUUCACGGCACUUACGCAAGUGAUUUACACAUUCGUGUUGCUCAUGGAAAUAAUGAACAUAUUCCAUUGGCUUAUUCCAGUGACUUACAUCCUGUAUCCAUAUCAUCUGCACACACUUUUGAUUUACUUAUGCAGUGAUUUACAUCGUCUAUAUCACUUCUACAUGUCAGUUACAUAUUCCUACACCAGUGCUGAACAUAUUCGUGUACCUUGCACUUGUGAUUAACACUCAUAUCCCAUGCACCAGUUAUUAACAUAUGUAUUUUCCCAACACCAGGGAUCUUUAAUCCCCUCACUAGUUAUUUACAUAUUCAUGUGUGUGUGUGUGUGUGUGUGUGUGUGUGUGUGUGUGUGUGUGUGUGUGUGUGUGUGUGUGUGUGUGUGUGUGUGUGUGUGUGUGUGUGUGUGUGUGUUCAGUGGUUCUGACAACAACUAUUCCCCCAGUACUCUGGAUGUGACUCCCUGCCUGUCUUGUCACAUCAGAAAGCAUUAUGAAGCCUUAUGAAGCUCUUAUAAAGUGUUACAGAGAAGAGCUAGAAAGGCUUAGUGGCAGAACAAGUUUUGCCAGUGCCCCACAGUCCCAGUAACAUCACUGCAGUGACUGAGUCACACAGCACUGAACACACACUUAACACUAAUGGAAACGCUGUGUUUACUGUGCAGGAAGAGACCCGCUCGCUCAACCAUUCAGGGAAUAAGCCGUGUGUGUGUGUGUGUGUGUGUGUGUGUGUGUGUGUGUGUGUGUGUGUGUGUAUUCGUUCAAUUACGGUACCUACAGUAGUAUUUUCGAUUACUAUGGCAACUUGAUAUUGUUUCCAUUAUUUAGAAUGCAGCUAUAUCAGUGUGUGUGUGCAUGCAUGCGCCUGCUAGGUGAGUGUAUGUAAUGUGUGGGUUGUGUAAAGAGUAUGCAGAGAGAGAGAGAGAGAAGGAGGGAGGGGGCCAGUCAGACCUCCAUUUUAAAUCCCCAGUUUAAAGCAGUUCUCUGUCUGUUUCCCUCUGCUCCAGGCUGUUCUAUGAUCCUCUCACUGACACUUUAAGUAAAAACGGGAUUUCUAGUUAAGCAGGGUUUUCCCCCCCUCUCCCCUCUGCCUAUUGGGAUAAGCCCAAGAGAUCAAAGGUCUGCUCUAUCACGGCCAGUCUCUUUAGCAUUCCACUGGCCUCUGCCUCUCUCAACUCGUAGUCAAUCUGAGGUUACGAGCUUGUGGUCAAGUUGCGUGUCACACUGCCCUAGUUAUCCUCACUGUUAAACCAGCCAAUCAAGGCUAUAGUGUUUCUUAAUUGGACAGGGGCCGAUGGCCUCAGUUAUCUUGACAUGUUUGGCUGUUCUAGCUCAGGUCCUGGUCUAAUGAGACAAUAUUAAUCAGGCUUUUUAUAUAUUUAGGAUGUGAUUUUAAUUAUCUUAAUUGGUAGAACCUGCUGUGUUCUGAUCAGAGCAGCUUUUUUUUAUGUCACCUUUAUUUAACCAGGUAGGCCAGUUGAGAACAAGUUCUCAUUUACAACUGCGACCUGGCCAAGAUAAAGCAAAGCAGUGCGACACAAAGAGCUAAAGAGUUGGGAGGUGAUCUUUGUGUUUUUAGAUAGUCAUGUUUCAGGGGCCUUAUUUGAGCUUGAGGUGAGCAUAGCCUUGUUUAGGUGAGACAACACCUUUAGGGAACCAGCCAGGUCCACCAUUGGAGCUGGUCCCAUAUGUGGGUGGUGAACAGAUGUAAGCCAUAGAAUUAGUAAGUUGUUAUCUUCCCGCGUAGAGUUUAAUUUUAUUCUGUCACCCAACCAUUUAAAAAUAGUUGUGAAACGACAGUGGAGCCGCUACAUUAUUGAUACUCAUAGUGUCAAUGAUGCAUACGCUCCAGCGCCAAAUGCAAAUGCUCCUCCCAGUUGUCAAGGCCAGAAGUGUCAAACCGCUGUAAUUUAUAAGCAUUAUUAUUGCUAUCAUAUUUUUUAAUGGCCAUCAGAUGGCCUAUGAAUACAGACCCAGAGAAACCUUGCAGCUUCUCUUGUCACACAUCAUGAUGAUGAUGAUGGCGACUGAGACGGUGGAACGUUCAGAUGCAGAUCUGUGUGUCUGUAGUCUCUAGUCUCCUAGUUUAACUUUACGUCAUUGUCAGACUAGUAGUCAGUGGGGGAUUUUAUUACUAUGACGCCAGUCGGUCUUUAGAUGGGUUUUAAGGAAGUCUACUUCUACGAGGCUGGUGUUUAGAUGCUCUCUUGGUUAUUCUGGUUGUGCGUGUGGUGCUGGCUCAGAGUAUUUCCUGUCCAUAUUCUCCCUGUGAGGUUUUGUGGAGGUUGAGAUCAGAUGCUCAUGGACGUCAGUCUGCGCCAUCCGUGUGAUUAGUACAAGAGCCUGCAGCCACUUAUCAAACAGGCCUCCCUGUUGCCUACACACAUACGUACGUGUGCGCACACAUACACACGCACAAGCACAUAUAGGAAUGAGUGCACACACAUUUGCGGAUUGACUGACAUUGACUGACUGAUUGAUUGUGAAUGAUUGAUUGAAAUGGGCUUUCUUAAUGAUGUGUGUCUUUGUGCGGUGGGCUUAACACAAACCUCUCGCCAGAUCCCAGCAGGGCUGCGGUUCAGAGGCUGGGGCUUUGUGUUCUGGGAAGGUGUCCUUAAUUUGACAACAGAGAGACAUUCAACAUAUGGCUUAUUUCAUUGUUUCCUUGGCAACCAUGUCCUCUGUCACAAGAUGUCCGUUUUGGUUGACUUGGGCGGCUGACGUUAGUGUUAGCGUGCUGUGACGCGGGGGAGAUUAGCGGUGUCUCAUCGUGGAUGACUUCAUCUUCUGUCGAUGACUGUUCUGUGCUAGAGGUCAGGCAACCUCAGGCGGAGAGGUUCAUAUGAGGGGAAGUUUUAUUUUUAACAACCAAAUCUACUAUUAUUUAGAUUUCACUUGUUUUUGAGAAACUUACCCCAACCAGUGAUUCACUUCCUCAUCCCCAUAAGGGGGCUCUGGAAAAACAUGAACAAAAACACCCAGAUACGUUCUUUUAGGAACGGCAAAGCUCUCAGUAUAUAACAUCUAAAGACCUGCAUCACUAUUUUGAGAGCUCAUCCGUUUCCGCAAACUGGACCCUUCUAUAACAUGCCAUUUACAUCAAAAAUAGAGAUUUGGUUGCAAAAAAGCAAAAUGAUCCUUUAACAGGGAGCAGCCAUCACUGUUACUCCAACACUCUAAUGGGACAUGCUGAAAAGCCUCUAAUUGUGGAGUCCAGCAUAAUGGAUCUGGUCAUUAGGCUAGGCCUUCCUGAGCACACCGUAGCUGUGGUAUUCAGCUGGGACACUGUUCUUCAUGUCUUUGAACACCCUGUUCUGAGAAGGAACAUUAUGGAACACUUCCUUCUGAAGGUUCUAGAACAUUAAGAUCCUUGUUUUUGGAAGUUCUAGAUUAGAGAAAUUGACUCCUCUAAUCCAAAGUGUUCCAUACUUGAGAAUUGGAACCGCUUAUGACAGAUGUUCUAGAACACUCUGACGUCCCCUGCAAUGCUCGGGAACCUUCCCUGUUGUUCGGGGAUGUGUUGUGGAGUUGUUGGAUUCAUAUCGGAAUGUCCUGAACCAUCGGCGACUAUUAAAGGAUGUGCUGAGCCAGCAGCUCCUCUCCUCUCAGAGGACAAGCUCGCAGUCAAGUCUCCCAACAGCAACACACAUUCACCCCCCUCUGCUACUCUGCUCUCCUCUUCUCCACAACAACACAGCACACAGAUUUACAUUUUAUUGGCACCUUGGCUCACCAUCAUAUUCACACUCUGAUGUUUGUUUGAAGCUGGGCGGCGGCCAUAGCGUACAUUACAAAGCUUUGAAGUGCAAAUGGCGGUCUGCUGCACUGCAUCCUAUGGAGGGCCAGUGUAGAAUAACCACGGUGUGAGAGGAAUACGCAGCCAGGGAUCAUGUGUUGAUAGUCGUUUCCUUGUGUGGGGAUAGAGCGGCGUCAGCAACCCAGUGUGAUGCAGGGUCAAGUUCAAACCAGACGCCAACACUGGUGGUCAGAACCUCCCUAGUCAGCCAGGCAGCAGAGUAGAGCUGGAGGAGGAGUCAGGGCUCUGAGGGCUGACCUGACUAAGUCGCUUAAAAGCGUUUGCUAAAUGGCAUAGAAUUGUUCUAUUAUAUUACCUCCAGAAUCAAUGCAAUGAACCAACUUGAAAGGGAGAAGCAGAGUAGCAGUAAACAUUCAUCAAUAUGAAAUCAAGUUUAAUGGGGCAACCCUCAGUUCUAACAAAGCACCUCCCCGCCAUUGUUUCAGUAAAAGGCUGAGGGAUUGGGCAAUGUAACCACUCUCAAAUUCAUAGGCAAUGUAACCCCUCUCAAGUUCAUAGGCAAUGUAACCCCUCUCAAGUUCAUAGGCAAUGUAACCCCUCUCAAGUUCAUAGGCAAUGUAACCACUUUCAAGUUCAUAGGCAAUGUAACCCCUCUCAAGUUCAUAGGCAAUGUAACCCCUCUCAAGUUCAUAGGCAAUGUAACCACUCUCAAGUUCAUAGGCAAUGUAACCACUCUCAAGUUCAUAGGCAAUGUAACCACUCUCAAGUUCAUAGGCAAUGUAACCCCUCUCAAGUUCAUAGGCAAUGUAACCCCUCUCAAGUUCAUAGACAAUGUAACCACUCUCAAGUUCAUAGACAAUGUAACCACUCUCAAGUUCAUAGACAAUGUAACCACUCUCAAGUUCAUAGACAAUGUAACCACUCUCAAGUUCAUAGACAAUGUAACCCCUCUCAAGUUCAUAGGCAAUGUAACCACUCUCAAAUUCAUAGGCAAUGUAACCACUCUCAAGUUCAUAGACAAUGUAACCACUCUCAAGUUCAUAGACAAUGUAACCACUCUCAAGUUCAUAGACAAUGUAACCACUCUCAAGUUCAUAGACAAUGUAACCACUCUCAAGUUCAUAGACAAUGUAACCACUCUCAAGUUCAUAGGCAAUGUAACCACUCUCAAAUUCAUAGACAGAGCUAUGGAUGCAAGUACUGACCUCGCAUCCAUGAUAUCAACACUCUAGCUCUAACUAUGUUUUAAGGCUAUACAGUGUUUGUUUACAUUUAUUUUGUUUACAAACAUUGGAAUAAAACAAGCUAACCGUUGAACUAAGCCCAUGAGGCAUUUAGAAGUUAGAUUCUUCAAGAAUCAAUGCGUACAUUGAAUGAAUACAUCUAUUGAUGCUCAUGGACACAUCAUCAGUGAUGCAACCUGAGGUCAUUUGGUGUUUGGGGUCUUUCAACAUGAAUUUAUAAGGCCCUUUAACUGGAGAUAUUGAUUUUGUCUUUUAACUUUUACAUUUUUAAAAAACUUGUUGUCUCCCCCUGUCAGUUUGGGAGGUGUGCUGCUGUCCUCAUUGGUGCUGAUGUAUUUAUUCAGGCUGGUCUCCUUCAACCUCCGUCUCUGACACCCCCCUUUGAUACUUUAUUUUUACCUCGCUCCACACCAUCAGCCACCAGCUGGCAGAGUGUGGCUUCUAAUGGCCUCAAACCCUGGUGUUACUUAACACGUUUACCUCGUGUUUACCAUACAUUUACCUCACAGGAGGUUGGUGGCAUCUUAAAUGGGGAGGACGGGCUCGUGGUAAUGGCUGGAGCGGAAUCAGGGAAUUGGUAUCAAAUACAUCAAACACAUGGUUUCCAGGUGUUUGAUGCCAUUCCAUUUGCUCCGUUCCAGACAUUAUUAUGAGUCGUCCUCCCCUCAGCAGCCUCCUGUGCUUUACCUCAUAUAUCCAACAUGGUCGCCCACAGUGUAUACCUCACUCACCACAGAACAACCCUUUUCCCCUCAGGCAGACAACUCCCUCUCACAGACAGAGAGACAGAGAGACAGGCAGAGAGACAGGCAGAGAGACAGGCAGAGAGACAGGCAGAGAGACAGGCAGAGAGACAGGCAGAGAGACAGGCAGAGAGACAGGCAGAGAGACAGAGAGAGACAGAGAGAGACAGAGAGAGACAGAGAGACAGGAGGAAUGAGCGAUGAGGUUGACUGUCAGAGGACACUGAGACGUCCUGUCACUCCUUAUCCUGUCUGGGUACUGGCCUGGGUAGGCAACACUGUAUCUGUGUUUAUAUACACUGUAUUUGUGUAUAUCUGUGUGUGUACAAGUGUGUGUGCCUGUCUAUAUGUGUGCAUGCAUUCCCAUGUGCUUGUGCACAGUUGUGCGUUUGAGUGUGUGCAGUGUGCUUGGGUAUAAGAGCAUGUGUGUGCAGCGUGUGUAAGAGCAUGUAAUGUGUGUGUUGUGUGAAGAAGAGAGAGGGACAUGAGGGGGAACGCUGCGGUGCUUAUAUGUCAACCAGUGCUGGAGGGGCCGAUGACUCCAAUCCUCACCCACGGAAAGCAAAGGAGCAUGGCUGACUUACCCCCUUUCUCCUUGUCUCCCUUUUAUCACCCUGUCCCUCAGAAAUGUAGAUUAAGCAUCAGUCCCUGCCUGUCCCUGCCUCGCUCUGAGUCACACACACACACACACACACACACACACACACACACACACACACACACACACACACACACACACGUUACUUCAACCCUAACCCUCUCUCAGGAAAAAAGGGAAAAUUAACACUACAACAAGCCAACACUUGAGAUAUUUCCUUCCCUUUGUUUAAUUAAACAUAGACUCCAUCUGCUCUUUUGGUUUGCUUCUUCUUUUCUUCUGCAAUAUUGACUAUGGUUGUUCUCGUGAUUGUUUCUUAUGACUCUGUUCUAGCCUGUUCUAACCAUGGGUGUGUGUAUUAACACUGGAAACAUGUCACGUGUGUGUGGAGGAGGGGUCAUUUGUUCUGCUUAAAGGUUCCGUGACAAAUCUUUUUCAGACCAUUCAACCUCUGUUCAUGUGCCAUACUGAGACAUUUAUGGAAUAAAAAUGACGUUGUUUUUUCACAUUA